GGGCCGCAGGACGGGGCUGGUUUGGGUGGGCGGCCAGUGCCCACCGCCGCGGGCCGGGCCUUGGCACCGCAGCGCCAGGCGCUCCGCGGGCGCGGGCGGGCGGGCCGGCCGGGCGCUUUCCUGGGACCCGGGGCUCGGGGAGGACCGUGCCCAAAGCGUGGCCACGCGGGCUGGGCCGGCAGACGGCGCGCGCUUUCAGAAGUCGGACGGCUGCAGCAGGGGGCGCCAGCGCCCCGACGCCGGGCCUAGCCCCGCCCACGCCGCCCCGGGGCCCCGCCCCUUCCUUCCUUCCUGCCGCGGCCCUUCUCCGGCCCCGCCCCCCUGCGCAGAGUCGGCGCUCGCGGCCACUCGGGGUCCCCGCGGAGGAGGCACAGAAUCUCCCCAGUGCGAUUCCAGCACUUCUCAGCAGGAAGGGUUCCCAGGCCAGAAACAAGGUCCUGGUUUUGGCUGUGGUCAUGUCCACUCUUCAGAGCAAACGGAGAGCAAAUUCAGAGGCGGAUCGCCAAAGCUCGGAUUCUGAAGGUAAUUUUGAGACCCCUGAAGCUGAAACUCCAAUCAGAUCGCCUCUUAAGGAAUCCUGUGAUUCAUCACUAGGAUUGGCAAGACCUGGGGCCAAAACUCAAGAAUCACAAGAAGCCAAUGAACAACUGGCAGCAGAAGUAGUUGACACACACUCUUCUGAGACUUGCUCUGGAUCUUCGGGAAAUGAACCACAGCUGGCCAUUGAUCCUCACCCAGUCAGGGAUGUCAGGGAAGAACCUGGUUAUGACCCCAGCAGGAUUUCAGUAGUGAGGCCAUUUUCAAUAGAAACCAAGAAUUCCUCUGGGAUCCCAGCAGCUCUUGGAACUGAAGCAGCCCAGGGCUAUGUAAUUGCAGGCUCAGGUGAGGCUUCGCCCUCCAGCAUGCCAGAAGCCACCCAGGAUGAGGCCGUGACAGAAGGCAACAUGGGCAGCAUGGGGGUUACGCCUGAGGCAUCUGCAGAUGGUGAUCUGAAGGCUGGAACCUCCUGUCCCGAGCCUGUGGCCAGCAGAAGCAGGCUGAGAAAGCCCAAACCUGUAUCUUUGCGGAAGAAGACUAUCGGGGGAGAGUUCUCCAGGGCAGAAACUGCCACAGAGGCCAGGCCUCUUGCCAGGGUAUCUUACCAGACCAAUCCGGAUGAAUUGGAUGAGAAUGCACGACUGGGAGGUGAUGGGAGCCAGCAGUCUCCCCUUGGCCUCAAGGAAGCUUCAGGCACUCUCAGUGAUACCAGUAACUCAGGGAUUGAGCUGCAAGAAGAGGCAAGGAGCUCACCUCUCAAACUCGAGUCCGAUUUCACAGAUGUGGAAAACAUAGAGGCCAGGAAAGCCCUUCCUAGGAAACUUGGCAGUAAACUGGGUAACAAACCGGCUCCUAAGAUCCAGAAGGAUGUCAUGCAUAGGCCACUAGGUGUAGACCAGCCUGCAGACCUGGCAGCUGGAGACACCUCUAUCUCCCAGAUGUCUUCUAAGCUAGAGCUGAAUCAGUGGGAUUGCCCUGGCUUUGAUUCCCUUGGGAGCCGCUCAACUCUGCAGAACUCCCCGCCUCUGUCCUCUAAGGGUUCCUACCAUUUUGAUCCAGAUAACUUCAAUGAAUCCAUGGAUCCUUUUAAACCAACUACAACUUUAACAAGCAACAACUUUUGUUCUUCCACUGGUAAUCAUGUUAAUGAGAUCUUAGAUUCACCCAAGAAGUCAAAGUCGCGUUUAAUAACGACCACUGAGCAAGUGAAAUUUCUCUGUUUUCUGUUGAGUGGCUGUAAGGUGAAGAAGUAUGAAAGUCAGUCUCUUGCUUUGGAAUCUUGUUCUCAGGAUGAAGGACCAGUGAUCUCUUCAGACAUUUCUAGUAGGGAUGGCCAUGCUACUGAUGAGGAGAAAUUGGCGUCCACGUCAUGUGGUCAGAAAGCAGCUGGGGCCACAGUGACAGGUGAGCCAGAGGAAGACCUGGAGUACUUUGAAUGUUCCAAUGUUCCCGUGUCUGCCAUAAACCAUGCGUUCUCAUCCUCAGAAGCAGGCCUAGAGAACGAAGUGUGCCAGAAGAUGGACAAAGAGGGAUCUGCUGUGCUCGGACUGCUUGAGUCCUCAGAGAAGGCCCCAGUGUCUGUGGCAUGCGGCAGUGAGAGCCCCCUGGAUGGGAUCUGCCUGAGUGAAUCAGAUAAGAGUGCUGUGCUCACCUUGAUAAGAGAGGAGAUCAUCACUAAAGAAAUUGAAGCAAAUGAAUGGAAGAAAAAGUACGAAGAGACUCGGCAGGAAGUCUUGGAGAUGAGGAAAAUCGUGGCUGAAUACGAAAAGACCAUUGCCCAAAUGAUUGAAGAUGAGCAGAGGACCAGCAUGACCUCCCAGAAGAGCUUCCAGCAGCUGACCAUGGAGAAGGAGCAGGCGCUGGCUGACCUCAACUCUGUGGAAAAGUCCCUCUCUGACCUCUUCAGGAGAUACGAGAACCUGAAAGGCGUGCUGGAAGGGUUCAAGAAGAAUGAAGAAGCCUUGAAAAAAUGUGCUCAAGAUUACUUAGCCAGAGUCAAACAGGAGGAACAGCGAUACCAGGCCCUGAAAACUCAUGCAGAAGAGAAACUAGAUAGGGCCAAUGAAGAGAUCGCUCAGGUCCGCACAAAAGCCAAGGCUGAAAGUGCAGCUCUGCAUGCCGGACUGCGGAAAGAGCAGAUGAAGGUGGAGUCCCUGGAACGGGCCCUUCAGCAGAAGAACCAAGAAAUUGAAGAACUGACAAAAAUCUGUGAUGAGCUGAUUGCAAAGCUGGGGAAGACAGACUGAGAUGUGUCCCGUCAGCUCAGCAGAUCUGCACUUGGCUGCUUCUGUCGUGACCACAAUUAAUCUUGCCUUAUCCAGGAAUAAUCACACACACACACCCCCUUUGCAGAGAAAAAAAGACUGUAUAAAAAAGCACACGCCUCCAGCUGUCUGUCCCGCUUUGCUGCUGAUGAAACAGCCCCAGAGGAGCCUGGAGCGUGGCCCUGUCAGGAAGGAGCAGCCCUGUCAGCCGGCAUCCCACACCUGCCCUGGCUGCGAUCCAGUGAGCCAGGCCACUGAGUGUGGUCUGCGAUUUCUCUGUGUUUGUUUUGUCUGAGAUCCUCUACUUUCCCCAGAUUUGUUCAGUUUGUGAUUUUGUGACUAUUGUUUAGGGUCAUCUCUCUCCCCUGUCUGGUACUUUCAUGACCUGUUUGAUCCAUUAAUUUUCAUUAUCGUCACUUUUAUUGAAGAAGGUGAUGUGGCCUGUUAAUUUCAUUGAUAAACAGGAAAUACCGUAAGAUUGGAUCCUGAGUAGUCGGUAUUGCAUCUGAACAGCACAGGGCCCACUCAGAGCUGAAGUUUGGCAAGUGUGCCCUGGAGCCAUGUGUCCCCUUUUACUUCCAUUUGUGGGUGCAGACCCAGCCUUUCACCCUCGGCAUCUAUCUGCAAUAUGCCAGGAAAAUGCACUUGUGAAAGGUGUAGCUGAUCUUAAUUAAUGAAAAGGUAACUGUAGCCCAUUACCAAUUGCAAGGAAAAGAAACAGGGUUUUUUGGUUGGUUGGUUGAUUUGUUUUUACAGGCCUGGUAUGUUGUUCUUGAGAUACUAAAAGGCAAAAAUAAUCUUUUCAAACUUUAAUGUAGAAUUUUAACAAAGUAGACAGUAAAAACCAUGGAGGUCCCUCUAUGUCCCAGCACAUUGCGAGCAUUUUUAAACAAAGGCCGCCUGAAUACCAGGGCAGGGAAGGCGUGCAGAAAUCUGUGCUGACAAGGCCAGGCUCCUUGCGCCCUCAUUUGCUUUGGCUCAGAGUGGCACGCAGGAACCCCGAAAUGACCGUUGCCCACGUGAGGCCCGAAAAGGUCUCCCUUUUCUGUUUGGUCAGUCAGGCCAGAUCUGCACAAGUGCUUCCGGGCACUCCUUUGUCUUAACCCUGCACCCUGAGAGCCUUGUGGUGGAGUGCGCUCUACUCAGUACCUGUCCUUUCCUCCUGCUCCCGUAGAACUACUGCAUGAGCCAACUUCAGCAAUGAACUGUGCCUGUAGAUCUUGAAAGUGUUCCCUUAGCAGUGUGUUCCUCAUGUGGGUGCAGUCUUUAGCCCCAGGGAAGUCAGUAAUGUGUUGAAAGCCAGAAGUCAUGUCUCACCAAUAUGCAUUUAUUAUAAUUGGUGCUUAGGCUGUAUUUUAAAGCCUAUUGUCUUAACAUUUUGUACAAAAAAAAUUACUUGUGGUUAGAGAAGUGGCUUGACAAUCAUUUGGGCUUGAAGUCGUCACUGUGGUUUAAUGUGAAGCUGUCCCGGUAGUCAGUCUCAAGUCUGAUGGUGUGACCAGUUUCCUCUUGGUCCUCUGCUGCAGGGGAAGUCGAUGCUGCGGUUUACAGAAACUGUGGUAUCUGCUACUGCUGUGUUUUGUUCACAUAUCCAUAUUUUCUUAUUUUAUAUCAGUCUGUUCCAAGUGUAAAAGGGGUAUAGUGGUGUCAUUUUAAAUCCACAGUCACCUUUCUUGUUUUCUUUUUAAAGAUUUCUUUGCCUGCUAGAGAUCAAAACCAGGGUCUGACACAAGUCAGGCAGGUACCCUAUCUGCGUCUCCAGGCCUGUGAGCACCUUUUGAAGCAUGUCAUGUGUUUCAGAGUACACUGCUGUGCGUUAGGACAGAGCUGACGGUGGUACUUCUCCAGCAUACCAAUCAGGAGACACCUGAAAAAGGAGACCCUGCUGAAGGACACUCCCACACAAGAAGCCCCAGGGGCUCUUACCUAAGUGAUAUUUGCCAUUUGGCUUCAGUCGUGACUAUUACAAGGGGUAUCCACCACUGUCAUUUAAUAGGUAGAUCUCCUGCAACAAGGAAAAAACCAUCACUUGUACAGCUGGCCUAUCAUGAUAGUGUACAGGCUAAAGCUUGGCAUGGUGGAACAUGCCGAGAGGCUAAGGCAGGAGGCUCACAAGUUCAAGCUCUGUCUGAAAAUUUUAAAAAGUGCUGGAGAUGUUGCUCCGUGCAAAGGGCCUGGGUUCAGUACCAGGAAAAAGGGGGCAGGCAGAGGGUGAAUAUACUAGGGAAAAUGAAAGAUACCUCUUUUUCUUUAAAAAACAGCCCCCCCCCCAAAAAAAAAAAAAGCUUUUUUUUGCAAUCUAGUGAGUAAGAAUAUAGUCUAGGGCAGUGACAGUGAACCUUGUAGAGCUCUCAGUGAUAGAAGCAGCCUGCUGCGGCACAAGUUCACCACCACUGAUCUAGAGUCUGCUUCGGCAGGAGAGGGUUAAAUUACUUGUUCAAUUAAAAUAAAAAAGCUGUUCCAGAAGUGAAAGGGGGAAGUAGAGGAGCUCUGCGGGUUCAGUUAGGGGUGUGGGGAUUACAGUCUGGUCCCGCCAAGGCUGUGAGUCCAGAGCCACUACUUCAGCUUCUGAUUUGCCAAAGUAGGAGCCGCUUUGACCCAGCUACAGGCUGAGCAGUUUACUGUGCUGGCCAGUCACAGCCACACCUGGAUACCACAUCUCCAACCAGUGACCUGUCGCGGUCCAGAGCUCUAAAGAGCCCGGAGAGCCACUCUGGGGACCCAGCCCAGUCUAGGAGGUGCAGGAGCACCUCGGCAGCCUUCUGGAGUGGCACGGACCCGUGGCCAGUGGCUGUCCUUGUGCAUGGGGGACACAGCGGCUGCCUGCACACGGGGCUGCACUGAGUCGCGGUGACUUGACAGUGCUUUGCUGUGGAGCAGUGUCCCAAAGCCCCUUUCCUCUCCUCAUCGGUCAGGAGUUGGUGGCUGCAUGAGCUUGCUGUCAGGAUCAGAUUUCCUCACCCUCUCGUUAGGAAGAGAGAAGCUAGAUGCUAAAAAUUAAUGAUUCAGGCAAGAGAUUUUAAAGUGAAGCUGUAUAUAUAUUCUGAAGAAUGUUAAAGAUAACAGAUUCUAUGUGCUUCUUAAAGAACAGACAUAGUCUGGGAAUCCCAGGGUGUCAAGCCAAAGGUCUAAGAACUCAUGUUCUCUCAGAGAUUUUAAUAACACUUAGAGGAGAUUUCUGUCCAGAAAACUUUCACUUGGCUCCAGAUUCCAGUUGUAAAAAGCAGAUUAUGGGACUGGAAGUGCUGCUCAGCAGAUUGAGGCCUGGGGUCCUGCCAGGGCUGUGGUACAGGGAAACAGCUUACCGCUCAGGCCUUGGUCUCUGCCCAUGGAGCUGGAGGCAGUGGGGGUGGCUCCUGUCCCCUCCUCCCCUCCUCUCCUGUCCCCUCCCCGCCACCUCUUCCUCUUCCUCUUCUCCCUCCCACUUUGGGGAGGGCAGGGCUGAGCACACAGUUCCGAGGACACAGCUCCCUCAGCUGGAGCUGGAGUCUGGAGGCUAAAGGUUGCAUUCUUCGUAGUUUUCAUCGCAAUGCAAUCCCCUUUCUGUGCCUCUUAGCAUGCAGUUAGAUUUGGACAAACACAAUUCCUAAGGAAUGGCUUUAUUAACUGUCAUAUGAGUACCGCUGUUACAUAGGUGUGUAUCCUGGUUGUAAUCCUGGUGCGGUGCUGUCAUGUGCAAUGCUGGCCUUUGGCAGUCUAUGUGACGCUUUCCUCAUGGGGGAGGCCCAGCCCGGCGCAGUGGGGUGACCUGGGCCUUCCCAAUGUGGACGCUUCACUUCCCAUUGCUGGAUGCUACUGCCUCUGCCUCCUAGUGGCACCAGAGCACUCAGUAUUCCAGGCAAUGUUUCCUAGUCAGCUCAUACUCUAGAUUUAGGGAUCAUUUUCAGGUGAACAGAUGCAGAUUAGAGCUCAGAAGCCACAUGUGGUCCAGUCCACUGAGUGCAGGCGGCCAACCCAAAGUGUGGGCCGCGCCUCUGUCUGUCCCAGUCAUGGGGCAGGCCCUGGGCACUUCUGCACCUUAGAAGUAGCAGUGGGCAUUUUCUGUUGCCUGUAGAGCCCCACCGUGCUGCCGUGCCAAGUGGACGUUCACUGCGCAUUUGCCCGCUUGUGUGGAGGGGUGAGUGCUGCAUUGACUACUGCUGUCAGGAUUGUGUUGUGUGGAAUAAUCAUCUACAUAAAUUUUAUAUACAUAGUAAUUUCCCUUUUAUAUGUCAGGUAAAUAUUUGUAAAAGUUAUACUCACAAAUGAAAUUAUAAUGAUUACUAAUAUAUUUUUUCCAUGUUUCAUUGCCUGAAUAAAAACUGUUUACCACUAUUAGAUCCA